AUGGCGACAGCGAUGGCGGCCGCGGCAGCGCGGGCCCGGCGGCGGCACCGCGGAACAAUGACAGCACCGCGCCUGCGCCGGCCCGCCCCGCGCCCAGCCCGCGGCCAACGGCGGGCGGGGGGCGGGGCCUGGGGAGCUCAGCCAAUGGCGGCGGAGCGCCCGCGGAGGCGGGGCCCCCAUCGCCAUGGGAACGGCGGGGGGGCGGGGCGCGCUGGGCACGGCCCGGGGACAGCGGGGACAGCGCGGGGCGGGGGCUCUGAGGGGCUGACGGGGCUCCGGGCGGGGCCCGACGGGCUGCAGGACAGACCCACUCGGGCCGAGACAGCGCUCAGCUGGGCGGUCCCCGAGAGACCGCGGGUGUCCCAGCCGAGCCGUGCCCCGGACAUCGGGCACCGAAGUUCCUGCCGAGGCCCCCGCAGGUACCGGCCCCGCUCCCCUCCCUCCGGGCCGGUGGAGCCCGCGCCGAGCCCCGUGCCCCGUGCCCGGUACCGCGGAGAGGCGGAUCAUCAAAGCACUAACUGUAUUUUUCUUCUAACUUUUCCUUCCCCUCAGGGCACAGAUAUUUCUCUGCCAGGUUACAAAAAAGCAGUUCUCUGGAUUGCAGAAAUCAGCUCCCAGUUCCAGCUUUACCCAUAAACGUUCGCCUUAGCCACCAGCAUCUUUAACAGGCUGUUGGCAUCAGUAAAGGCCCAAUUAAAAUAUCUGCAGUGCAUUCCAAUUUCCUGCCUUGUCCUUGCAGCAAAAACUAAUGAAGAUGAGGUAAUACCAUCAGUGCAGACGCUAGCGGUGCAGAGCAGAUGUAAGCACUCUCCAGCCGAGAUCUUGAGAAUGGAAAGAAUUAUACUGGAUAAGCUUCAGUGGGAUCUUUACACAGAAACACCAAUGGAUUUCUUAAACAUUUUCCAUGCCAAGGUGAUGUCCAGCUGGCCCCAUCUCCCACCCAGACUGCCUCAGAGGAAUCCUUCCCUCCACGUUGCACUCUUGACCAAGCAGCUGCAGCACUGUAUGGCCUGCCACCAACUUGUGCAGUUUAAGGGCUCCACGUUGGUUUUGGUGAUCAUCACCUUGGAGCUGGAGAGGCAGACUCCUGGUUGGUUUGUUGUUAUUACUGAUCUGCUAAAAAAAGCACAGGUGAACAGCACUGAAUUCAUCCACUGAAAAGAGCUUGUGGAUCUCAAGUUAAUGUGCUUGCAGCCACCCAAUCCUGUUCAUAUUUUCUAUCCCAUCAGCCAAGCUGUGCUGGGCCAUCCCAAGGCAAGGCUACCCUGCCAUCUCCCUUCUGAACAGAAAAGUUCCCAACAAGGGAGGUUGAGGGUUGCUGAAAGCCAGCCUGUUUCACUUACAACACCUUUCACACCUGCUACAGCCCAAAUUCCUGAUCAAACCGCUGAGACUGAAGAAUGCUGGGAUGGAUUCAGACACCUGCACAGUGAGGAAGGGGAAGGGAGUGCUGGGAGGAUGAACACAGGAGGCUCGUGCCCUCAGCUGAGCUGCCCCUGUCCUCCCCUACAGCCACCCGAACAGGACUAGUGGAGAAUUACUGCCUUGGAAGCAGCACCUGCAGAACCAGCAGGUCCCAGCAGACAGAACAGCCAAAAACAACAGGGCAAAAGUGUCACUGUGCUUCUCAGAGGAUAAAGACAGUUUGUAUUAUCAGUC